CUGUCCGCCCGCCUUGCAGCCCGCGGCUCCGCGCCCCCCACAGCCACGAUGCCAGCGGCCCGGCCGCCCGCGGCGGGACUCGGCGGGAUCCCCCUGCUCCUCGCUCUGCUCCUCGGGAGCCCCGCGGCUGCUCUGCAGGGAGAUGCGCCCCUGGAGGGAGACGCUGGUCCUUCUGGUACUUACCUCCUGCCCUCGGGAGCCCUAGGGAGCACCCUUCCGAGCAAAGUCAGCCUGGAAGAGAAAGCGACAACUGUCACCCUGAGUCCAGCGCAGUCGGAGGAAGAGCUCCAGGACCCGGAGCUGGAAGGGGCAGUCCCCUCUGUGCACCCAGAGCCCGCGGCCCUGUCCACACGGCUUCCGGAGGAGCCCAGCACCAAGCUCACCUCCCCCCCCAGGAGGAGGCUGCCUUCGCUCAAGCAGGCGAACUCCUCCAGGAAACAGCUGAGACCAAAGGCCGCCUCCGCAGCCCUCCUCCCCAGGGUGGGGUCCCAACCUGCCUCCCCAGGCCUGGGUCUCCUCUCUUCUGCCACGAGGAAGCCUGGCUCACCGGGAGACCCCGAUCCGGUGACCUCCACGGGUGGGGAGACCCUUCGGCUGCCAUCGGAGGAGCCCCUCUGGCUGGACCGGAAGGAAGGUGCGGUCCCCACAACGCCUGCGCCCCUGCAGAUCUCUCCCUUCACCUCGCAGCCCUAUGUGGCCCACACGCUGCCCCAGAGGCCGGACCCUGGGGAACCCGUGGUGCCUGAUGAGGCCCAGGAGGCUCCUGCUGAGGACGCCAGUCCGAUGACCUUGAUGGACAAAGGCGAGAAUGAGCUGACCGGCUCAGCCUCGGAGGAGAGCCAGGAGACCACGACGUCCACCAUCAUCACCACCACGGUCAUCACGACAGAGCAGGCCCCAGCUCUCUGCAGCGUGAGCCUCUCAGACCCCGAAGGGUACAUCGACUCCAGCGACUACCCGCCCCUGCCCCUCAACAGCUUCCUUGAAUGCACGUACAACGUGACAGUCUACACCGGCUACGGGGUGGAGCUCCAGGUGAAGAGCGUCAACCUCUCUGAGGGGGAGCUGCUCUCCAUCCGCGGGGUGGACGGCCCCACCCUGACCGUCCUGGCCAACCAGACGCUCCUGGUGGAGGGGCAGGUCAUCCGAAGCCCCACCAACACCAUCUCUGUCCACUUCCGGACCUUCCAGGAUGACGGCCUCGGGACCUUCCAGCUGCACUACCAGGCCUUCAUGCUGAGCUGCAACUUCCCCCGCCGGCCGGACUACGGGGAUGUCACAGUGAUGGACCUGCACUCGGGCGGCGUGGCCCACUUCCACUGCCACCCGGGCUACGAGCUCCAGGGCGCCAAGACGCUGACGUGCAUCAACGCCUCCAAGCCCCACUGGAGCAGCCACGAGCCCAUCUGCUCAGCCCCUUGUGGAGGGGCCGUGCACAACGCCACCAUUGGCCACGUCCUCUCCCCAAGUUACCCUGGAAACACCAAUGGGAGUCAGUUCUGUGUAUGGACCAUUGAAGCUCCAGAGGGCCAGAAGCUGCAUCUUCACUUUGAGCGGCUGUCACUCCAUGAGAAGGACAGGAUGAAGGUCUACAGCGGGCUGACCAACAAGUCCACUCUUCUCUACGACUCCUUCCAAACCGAGAGUGUCCCCUUCGAGGGCCUGCUGAGCGAGGGCAACAGCAUCCGGAUCGAGUUCACGUCCGACCAGGCGCGGGCAGCCUCCUCCUUCAACAUCCGGUUCGAGGCCUUUGAGAAAGGCCACUGCUACGAGCCCUACAUUCAGAAUGGGAACUUCACCACGUCCGACCUGACCUACAACAUCGGGACUGUCGUGGAGUUCACCUGUGACCCCGGCCACUCUCUGGAACAGGGCCCGGCCGUCAUUGAGUGCAUCAACAUGAGGGACCCAUACUGGAAUGACACGGAGCCCCUGUGCAGAGCCAUGUGCGGUGGGGAGCUCUCUGCUGUGGCUGGGGUGGUGCUGUCCCCAAACUGGCCAGAGCCGUACAUGGAAGGCGAAGACUGUGUCUGGAAGAUCCACGUUGGGGAGGAGAAGAGGAUCUUCUUAGACAUCCAAUUCCUGAACCUGAGCAACAGCGACAUCCUGACCAUCUACGACGGGGACGAGGUCAUGCCCCACAUCCUGGGCCAGUACCUUGGGAGCAGCGGCCCCCAGAAGCUGUACUCGUCCACGCCGGACCUCACCAUCCAGUUCCACUCCGACCCGGCCGGCCUCAUCUUCGGGAAGGGCCAGGGAUUUAUCAUGAACUACAUAGAGGUGUCAAGGAACGACUCCUGCUCGGAUCUGCCCGAGAUCCAGAACGGCUGGAAAACCACCUCGCACACGGAGCUAGUGAGGGGAGCCAGAAUCACUUACCAGUGUGACCCAGGCUACGACAUCGUGGGGAGCGACACCCUCACCUGCCAGUGGGACCUCAGCUGGAGCAGCGACCCCCCAUUUUGUGAGAAAAUUAUGUACUGCACUGACCCCGGAGAAGUGGACCACUCGACCCGCUUGAUCUCGGACCCCGUGCUGCUGGUGGGCACCACCAUCCAGUACACCUGCAACCCCGGCUUCGUGCUGGAGGGCAGCUCGCUGCUGACCUGCUACAGCCGUGAGACCGGCACGCCCAUCUGGACGUCACGCCUGCCGCACUGUGUCUCGGAAGAGUCUUUGGCAUGUGACAACCCAGGGUUACCAGAAAACGGGUACCAAAUCCUGUACAAGCGACUGUACCUGCCAGGAGAGUCCCUCACCUUCAUGUGCUACGAGGGCUUUGAGCUCAUGGGCGAAGUGACCAUUCGGUGCAUCCUGGGACAGCCGUCCCACUGGAACGGGCCCCUGCCUGUGUGCAAAGUUAAUCAAGACAGCUUUGAACACGCUUUAGAAGUAGCAGAAGCGGCAGCUGAGACGUCGCUGGAGGGGGGCAACAUGGCACUGGCCAUCUUCAUCCCCGUCCUCAUCAUCUCCUUGCUGCUGGGAGGAGCCUACAUUUACAUCACCAGGUGUCGCUAUUACUCCAGCCUCCGCCUGCCUCUGAUGUACUCCCACCCUUACAGCCAGAUCACCGUGGAAACCGAGUUUGACAACCCCAUUUAUGAGACGGGGGAAACCAGAGAGUAUGAAGUUUCCAUUUAAAGAGAGUGGCACUUGAGAAGGGAACUCACCAGACACGAACUCAACCACAACCUCCUCAAGAAACUCAUCCAGAGAGCAGACGGCAUUUGAUGGAAAAAACCCCAGCGUGUCGGCUGUCUUUUCUUUAGACUCUCUAUUGAAGACUUCCUGUUUUCUUCUUCGCUGUAUUUAUUAUAUUUGAAACUGAGAUGGGUGUGGUUGGAUGUACUGCAGCUGCAGCCGGGUCCGUGUCACGACCUCAGUGGUUGCUGAAGGCAGGUGGACGACUGCACAGCAGCCAGCUCCGCAGCAGAGGGGGAGAGAAAAGGCAGAACCAGGUUGAGUUUCUCCAUCAGCCCUGCCGUUCCGUGGCUGCCUCCAAUUGCAUGUGUCUUUGCGAUCCACGCCCCUGGUGUUUUUAGUACAAAUCAAAGCCCCCAGAUUAGGUUGGGAACAAGCAUCUUUUUUGUUGGAUUAACGUGUGGAUGCUUAACCAGGUCUGCUCUCGAACAAGCCCCGCGUUCCCCCUUCCAAUCUCCCCGCCUCUGAAAGGUCUUGCCACAUCCGCUCCCGCCCACGGUCCUUCUGAAGGCAGCAAAGAUGUUAUAUAAACCUUCCCUUUGACCACCCCGGCCUCACUGGAUGCUGGCAAAAUGAGAAAAUGUUUUCUUUCUAGAAGACUGAUCUAUGACAAAGAAGUUUUUUCAGAGUGGAUGAGCCAAGGGGAACAAUGGUUGAGGGAACCCAGUUAAUAAAAUGUUUCCCUUUGACACUCCUUCAACGCUGAAGGGGCAGGUCGCUUAUUCUACAAGUGCCAGAAUCCUUCCCCUUGUUCAGCAAGGCGGCCCUGGGAUACUAGAUCCGCUGCCUUAGGAGGCAGCGGCAGCUUCGUCCACAGUUAUAAGGGUUUGUGCUGGAGGGAAGGUGCCCUGUCCUG